CUUGAUUUGAUCCCUCCACCCCCCCCCCCAUUCUGGUCGCAGGAUCUUCCCCCCGUCUCGUGCCGGUCGGCCAUACCUACUACAACCUUACCUAUAUUUCGAUUCGACCCCCGAUCCCUAUCCGCCCUCCGAUCGCGCGCUGAACUACGCCUCCCUCCUCCCUCCCUCCCUCCCUACCCCAUCUCCACUGCCAUGGCGCCCCUCGACGAGGUCCAGGUGGGUGACCUGGUCAAUGUCCCAGGGGGCAUGUAUGGGACCGUCAAAUUCCUGGGAACCGUCGCAGGCAAGCCGGGCAAAUUUGCCGGAAUUGAACUGGCGGCCGAGCAUGCCAGGCGAGGGAAGAACAACGGCGACGUCGAGGGCCGGCGAUACUUCACGGCCUCCACUCCGGGCUCCGGCAUCUUUGUGCCCAUGAACAACAACAAAUAUGUCACCAAAUUUGUCACCAAGCGCGCCUCCGGCAGCGGCGCCCCUCCAACCCCCUCCCGCCCUAUCAAUUUCAGCAAGUCUGUUGGACCUGGUCCCUCCAUGCGCCCCCCGCGGGUAAGGCGCCCUUCCCUUCCUCGCCCCGAAUCCCCCAGGGGCCCUCCGCCCUCCAAGUUAAGCCUCGCCGGUCUCCGAACCCCGUCUACUGCCGUCGCCAGAACGGCCCCCUCCAACGGCUACCCGCGCAGCCCCGUCAAGGCGCCCUCUCGCGCCUCUGAUCGCCCCCCGUCCCGAGUCAGCACCGAAGAUGACAAUGUCUCUAGUCGGGCAUCAGAUAUCCACCGACCGUCGAUGGCCGCAGAGGUGCAGGAGCUGAAGGAACACGUGCAGGGCCUGGAGAAGCAGCUCCUGGACCGCGACAAGCAGCUGGAUGAGCAGGCACAUACCCUCUCUGAUUUUCAGAGGACGCUAGAGGAGCUGGAGGGGUCAGAUUCGCUGUCGGUACGCGCCCAAUUGCGCGAGAGGAACGAGCGCAUUGCGCAACUGACGGCUGAGUUCGACUUGCAUCGCGCCGACUUCCGCAGCACCCUGGACACCUUGGAAAUCGCUGCCUCAGAGACCGAGCGGGUCUACGAGCAACGCCUAGAUGAAUUGAUGCAGCAUAACAAGGAGCUACAGGACCGCGGGGAGGACGUCGAGGCCGUUGCAAGACAGCUCAAGCAGCUGGAAGAACUGGUCUCGGAGUUGGAGGAAGGCCUGGAGGACGCCCGACGUGGAGAAGCCGAAGCCAGAGCUGAGGUGGAAUUCUUGCGAGGGGAAGUGGAACGGACAAAGCUGGAGCUCAAGAGGGAGCGGGAUAUGAAGGACAGCCAAACAAACGGCGAUGGACCAUAUCACUCGAAAGAACUGGAGCAGAAGGACGACGAAAUCCGCGGCCUGAAGGCGAUCAUUCAUUCCCUGAGCCGUGGUGAUCCCGACCUGCAUGCACUGCAGCAGAAUGGGAUCGGCGCGGGCCCGGAAUCGGAUCAUGACCCUGAACAUCUAGCUGAUCUGGAGCAGCGGGUCGAGGAAUCCGAGCGGAUGAGCGAACGAAAGACCUUCCGCAUUGAGGAGCUUGAACGCGAGCUCCAGCAGUUGCAGCUGAACGGUGGUGGCCGCACGCGCAGCUCCACCGUCACGGCAUCCCCGAGCCUGCACAAAACACCCAACCCCGCUGGGAAUAUGACGAACGGUAACGGGGUCAAUCACGCGCAUCGGCUCUCAGAUCGCACCGUUGUUCCAAGUGACUGGGAAGACCCGCCUCCGCUUGAAGGGCAAUACCAGGCCUACUCUAACCGGCACCGCGGCAUUUCAGAUGCUUCUCGCCAUCGCCUGGAGACCAUGCACGAGUCCGAUACGAAUGAUUCCGAUACCCGCUCGGAAGACGGUGGCUCGUUAUGGUGCGAAAUCUGCGAGACAGGAGGCCACGAUAUCUUGACGUGCACCAACAUGUUCGGCGCAGAGACCAAGGAAAAAACCCCGGAUCCCGCUGAGCCAUCUCAAGACGACAGCUCUACGGAUGAGAAGCAGACCCCUGAGACUUCAACCGACGACCCGUCCCCCUCCCCCACCCCCGAAGAGAGCACAACUCCUGAGAAAACCGGCCGCGAUGCCGUCUUCGAUGGCCUGAGAGAGGUCGGGCUGACGUCCUCCAUGACCCCCGUUGCCGGAAAAGAGAGCGGGGUGAUUGAUGACACCAAAUGGUGUGCUCUUUGCGAGAGAGACGGCCACGAAAGUAUCGAUUGCCCAUUUGAUGAUUGAGCCAUGACCGGUCUACAUCCGAUGCAUGCGGCAUAUGGCACAUUAUAGCCACGGACUCGGCUACAUACCCUGAUGACUGCGAUGGCUGUUCUACAUGACAGCCUAGAUGGAUUCAUCCCUUUUAUGUUUGCAUUAGUCGCAAUAUAUGCAUGACUUGGCUUCUAGCAUAGCGCAUGC